AUGGUGAAGAUAUCCUUUCAGCCUCUAGCGGGACAGAAACCAGAAAAGGACGAGGGAAAUGGCGAUAAGACUGCAAUAAUAAUCCCUCAUCCGCACGAUGCGGAUGAAGAGCUUAUCCUUCCUGUUGGACCAAAGCGCUCAUCUCUGAGUGGUCUCUGCUGUCUGACCACAGCUUUGGUUGUGUUCACCUGCACCCUGAUCUAUGCUUCUAUAUAUAUCUAUCGCUACUAUAUCAUACCUCAGGUUCCGGAUCAGAGCCGGUUCCACUGCCGCGUGGUGUAUGAGGAUUCCGUGUAUGCUCCUCUGCGUGGACCACAGGAGCUGGAGGAGAGCGUUGGCAUUUACUUAAAGGAGAACUAUGAGCAGAUUAGUGUUCCUGUUCCAGACUUCAGUAACACAGAUCCUGCAGAUAUUAUCCACGACUUCCACAGGGGUCUGACGGCUUACCAUGACAUUUCUCUGGACAAGUGUUACGUCAUUGAACUCAAUACCACUAUUGUCAUGCCACCUCGCAACCUUUGGGAACUGCUCAUCAACGUCAAGAAAGGCACCUAUCUGCCACAGACCUACAUAGUACAGGAAGAGAUGGUAGUGAGUGGGCGUGUGCAUAACAUGCACGAGCUUGGACCGUUUAUCUACCGUCUGUGUAACGGCAAAGACACUUACCGACUGCGACGCCGUUCCACGCGACGCCGUAUCACUAAGCGCGAUGCACAGAACUGUCACCAUAUUCGUCACUUUGAGAACACGUUCGUCGUGGAAACAGUGAUUUGUGAGGCUCCUUAGGCCACGCCCUUUCUGCAGCCCAUUCUCAAUGAGACGACACCCCAUUGGUCUCUGUAGCCACACCCCUGUGAGAGUUGCACUUUAACUUCCAGUUUCUCUCCUGUGCUGUAUAUUGUCCUUCUCUCUCGUAUGCCUCUCUGUCCCUUUUGAUCUCUCCUCUUGUGUAACGUAUUCCUCGAUUUUAACGUCCUCUAACAGUUCAGUUUUCCACCUGUCUUAAGCCCUAUUUGGAUGGGAUUAGAUUUACAUGGAGAGGAGGGGUAACGUAAUUAUUAUCAGAGCAUCUCUGUGAUUUAUUUUCGUCCCUUCAUAAUCUGACAUGUUAGAAACUUUAACUGACUUUUUAUGGACUGCGCGUUUACAAAUUACGGCACCUCUUCCCUAUUAU